AUGCAUUCAUUAACAUUGGCCUCUCUCGUCUUCUUCGGAAUUGUUUUCGGGCAAACCACCAAAGCUCCAGUUGAUCCAUGUGCCAUGUGUCAAUAUGUGAUCAAUCAGGCACAACAACACUACAAGAAUGGAGAGUCGAAGGGCGCGGUACAACAAGAAUUGAGCAAUGAUUGUGACACAUUGAAGCGAUUCUACGGUGAUCAGGCGGUGAAAGAUUGCGAUCACUGGGUCCAUCAAAACAUUGAUGUUAUCUACUGUGAUUUGCAACAUGGAGCCUCCACGAAUCAAAUCUGCCAGGAUAUGGGCGAGUGUGCCGGUCCAAGCCCAGGUGGAACAACCCAAAUGCCAAAUGGUUGCCACGUCACGGUCACAACAGGAGCAACGGGAGCUACGGGAGCAACGGCGACUGCCAGUGUUGCUGUCACCACAACCACCAAGUCAACCACAACUAUGACGACAACGACACCGACUACAACGACUACAACAAUGACCACAACAACACCGGUUGAUCCAUGCCCUAUCUGCAUUUCUGUUAUUGAUACGGCCCGAAACUACUUCAAUAACAAGGUCACUGACGAGGCUGCACUGAAAACCGAAUUGUUGAAUCUUUGCCAAUCACUCUCCAGUGCCUACGAUCAAUCAGUCGUUCAGAAUUGCGUGAAUUCCGUCAAUCAGUACAUUGACAAAAUCUUUGUUGAUCUUGUCAAUGGUCAAACAUCGACAUCAGUUUGUCAGGAUAUGAUGCAAUGCAAA